UGCUCCCCGCCCUCCCCUCACCCACCUUCUUUUCCAUGAUCACUAACUACCCACCGCUUCUCCCUGUACUUGGUAAAUCUGGCAGCUGGCUGCAGAUUAUCACCUUUUCCUUCUGUUACCGAAUAACCAGGCCCAAAUUCCAACGAUGCGAGCCGUUUCGCAACCUGUCGUCCCACGCGACAUCACCGAGAAAUUCACCCAAGCUGCGUCAAAACUGAGGACUGGACAACUUGUCAAGGAUGAAUACUUUACACUUUUCGAGGCAGUGGGGGCGCUGGAGAUCAUGGAUUCGAAAAUGGACAGCGGAUACCUGAGCCCCGACGAAAAUAAUGCACAAGGUUUCGAAGACGAUUACGACGUCAUGCGCGAUUUGACUUUGGAGGAAGUGGUGGGCAUUAUGGAUGAGUUACUAUGUCAUGAGAUGGCGUGGCAUAUGGGACACCCUCUUUCGCAGACCCUCUUCACCUCAAUAUAUCUCGACAGGCUACUAUGGCCUGUGCCGCAGGAUCUCGAAGAUGCGAAUUUUGGGCGCGGAAAGGCGGUUGAGAACAAUCAAGAACUUGGAUGGGUACAUAUAGUUUUGCGCGCAUACUGUCUUGGCCUGGUUAAAUGUUGUGAUUUUGUCCACAGCCGAGUGGCAGCUGAAUACUACUAUGAGGAGGAGGACUUUGUCACCCAGUUAUACAACCGCUCGCUGCUAUCAAAAUUCGAUUAUGAAUUAUUUUGCAAUCUUUUGGAUAGAGCGUGCGCAUGGAUUGACGAACAAAGCAUCGUCGAUGAGAAAAUGAAGAGUGCGAUCAAGGUUCGGUUGGAAUUUAGGCAUAAGUUCCUCCUGGGAUUACAACACGGUGCCGCUGCUGUACAAACAAGAUCGACGGACAACUUUAAGUCCUGCUUGUCCAUGCUAGGCACUUUGCAAGAGUCAACCGGGUUGGGCCAGCCUGUUGCCGAGUCUUUUAGCGUGAAGAUGCAGCGAAGGCUGGCUAGUUCUGUUCCUCCUCGACCGAUGGUAAACAUUAGUAUCGAAGAUGCGCUGGCGCAUCUCAAACGACUGUGUCAGGACGGAGUCGAUAUACAGGAGAUUUUCAACUAUCGAGGACCGUGUAAUUUCAAGGUGGCCAUUUGGACCCUUCUCUCCCGAAAACCUCAACCCUCUGUUUAUAUUCGAUCCCUUCUGCAGGCCAUCAUCUUCGACAGGUCCAGUAUCGCUGGGACUGUGCCAAUCAAGCAGUUUCUGUACGAUGAGCUAGCAGAGGUUGUCCUUCCCUCGAGUGUGCUACUCGAAGCUAGUGUCGAUGAAACCGAAAUGCCUUCAAACCCUCGUUUCCAAAUUGCUAGGCAGAUGGAUGGCUUUGUGAAAAGAUUUUCCCAGCCAUUUGUGGAUACAAUUCGAAGCGCGUGCCUGAAUCGCUGUCGGAUCCGUCGGAACGUCUGCCAUACGAUUGUUGAUUGGGACAAUCUGCAGAUAGAGGCCGAAGAUCUUGAUGAACAGCUCCGCACCCUGAGUGAUGAACCUCCACUCCUGCUUCAAAAUGGGGAUGCUACAUAUUCGUAUCCGCUUAGCAGCUGGGCAUACCAUGAAAAACUCCUCCAAUUCCGCCUCAUUCUCCAGCUGGGAUUUGAACUCUCUAUAUACGCCCCUGAGGAACUAGCGGGGAUGUACUGGUACCUGUCCCACAUCUGCUCGACUCACCUCGGUCAUAUUGAUCGAAUCCGCACCUUUAUGGUUGCUGCUGCCAAGCGGAACCUGGCUUCUUCGCCUGGGACAAAGCGGCUGGCAGUUGAGCGUCAGGCGGCUUUCCAGCGAUCACAUUAUCUUCUUGAACGGCUUACGACGCAGAUCGUGGCCAUUGACGCGUUUGCGAUCUCUUUGCACGCACUCUACGUGGUACUUGCUCGACACAAUCGGGUGCCCACCGCCUCGUCGGCCCAAGCAUACUCGAACGAUCGAUUACGGUACGAGCUCCGAAUGAAACCGUUCCUCCCGAUUACCUUACCUGAACUGGUUCCCUACGAUGAAUAUCGUCGUGAAGCCAGGUUGGAAGGGGAUGGCGAUGAUGUUGUUAUGGAACGCGCUACAAAGGCCAUUGCUGAAGCACGAAAGGCUUGGGAAGCUACCCUUGCGAAUGGGGCGUUUCUCCAGGAUUCCAGGGGCGAGGCGGUUCAUGCCCCGGCUCUGGAAGAAGACUGGACACGGGAUGUCAAGGAUACGAUGCGAGCAUGUAUUGGGGCCAGCAUUGCGAUCGAGAGUGUGAACAAGGCGUUGCAGGGGUCCACGACGACGAUGGCAAAUGUUCAAGUGAAUAUUCCGGAAACAGGAUCGAAGUCUCGUUGGCACGAUUGGUGGGUAGUGCCACAGGUUUUGCAAGGUCCAUCGUAAACCUCUCUGAGAAGAAGAAGAAGAAGAAGAAGAAGCAGAAGGUAGUUUUACAGUGAAUGAUACCAUGUAUAUACAGAUUAGAGAUUCUUAACCACGGAACCACCACCACCUCUAUAUAAUCAUUUCACUGGGAAUCCUUCUUGAA